AUGGACGUUCUUACGGUAACCUACUUGGCCUUUGCAGGAUGGUGGGUCGACUUUUGUGCCCGCUAUCCCCCAGGCGUGGUAGAAGUCUCUCUAUCUGUGUUUGCCCAGAUAGUUGGCUUCUUGCUACCAGCAGCAGGCUACCAGUUGCUCGACAUCAUCUGGCCAGUCUGGUCCAGCAAACACAAAAUCCAAGAUGCAGACCAUCAGCCCAGCACUAUCAAGCUCCUUGACAGCGUCCUUCAGGCUCUCGUCAACCAUGCCCUUUUGAUUUCCUUGCACAUUUCCCAAAUGGCCCUCUUUGGCUUCCGCAUUUCCAUGUUUGUUGUCUCCCCAAAACUGCCCUCCGCAACCGAAAUUGUCCUACAUAUUAUUGCCGGCACACUUCUACGCGAAGUCUUGUUUUACUACGUCCAUCGAACGCUGCAUCACCCUUGGUUCUAUACGCUAAUACAUAAACAACACCACCAAUUCACCGCCCCCGUCGCCCUCAGCGCCGUGUUUUCGCAUCCAGUCGACCAUCUCCUUGUCAACGCCAUGCCGAUUGCGUUCCCAAUGAUCCUGCUGCGCGCACAUAUGGUUACGGUGGUUAUUUUUGCUAUUUUUGUGCUUUGGGAUGCGGCGUUGGCGCAUAGUGGAUAUGACUUUUUUCGAGUACCGAGCGUGGAAAUGCAUGACCAGCACCAUAGGGAUUCUAGAGUUGGGUUUGGGAUUUUGGGGCUCAUGGAUCGGUUGCAUGGGACUCAUGAGGUUGGGUGGAUGAAAAUGAAGGGGGAGAAGUAG